AUGGCUUUCAACCUCAUCGUGGCGGUCCUUGUCGCUCCGGCUCUGGCGUUGGGGCUCCAACUCCUCCCGCCAACUCUCCAGUCGUCAGAAGCGCCGGCGAAAGUCGCCUGGCAAGUUGCAUCGAGCUCAAAGACCAUAUACAUCGAUAAGAGCUUCGCCGCCAAAGUCGAUACGGACGGUUCGACUUUGAUACCGCCCAGCGGUUACGAGUUUGCCACCCUCUUCCAGGAAGACAUCAGCCAGCUCACGGGCGUCAACUGGACUUUGCAACGCGUCGACCGUCUGCCAAAUGCUGCCAACGCCAGCGGCAUCUUACUCGGUGGCUUCACCGGGAACGCCUCCUCCAUCACGUAUGAGAAUGGCAACCCGACGUCUGAAGGGUACGAACUCGAGGUUACAUCCGCCGGCGUCUUUAUCGGCGGAACAGGUGCCCGCGGCAUGUGGUGGGGGACCAGGACGUUGCUCCAGCUCUUGCUUUUACAGAACGGAACUCUCUCUUUGCCCGUGGGACGCGCCGUUGACGCGCCGGGUUAUGCCACACGAGGAUACAUGCUCGACGCCGGCCGAAAAUGGUACGCGCCAACGUUCCUCAAGGAGCUGUGCAGCUACGCGUCGUUCUUCAAGAUGAGCGAGUUCCACUACCACCUGAGCGACAACUACCCACUCAACCGCGGGCGGAACGAGUCCUGGCAGGAUGUCUACUCGCACUUCUCGCUGCGGCCGGAAGACGAGUCCCUGCUGCCGAUCCUGCACGGCCGCGAGAACGAGACGCUGUCCCGCGAGGACUUUGCCAGUGUACAGAGCCAUUGCGCGGCAAGGGGCGUGACCGUCAUUCCCGAGAUCGAGGCCCCCGGUCACUGCCUGUACCUCACCAAGUGGAAACCCGAGCUUUCUCUGGCGAAGCGGGAUCUCCUGAACCUCUCCCAUCCAGAGGCAAUCCCGACGGUCAAGCGCAUAUGGUCCGAGUUUCUGCCUUGGUUUGAGACGAGGGAAGUACACGUUGGGGCGGACGAGUACGACCCAGCGCUGGCGGAUGUGUACAUCGGCUUCGUCAACGAGAUGUCGGAUUACAUCAACUCCACGAGCGGGAAACGGAUCCGGAUAUGGGGCACGGAUGAGCCGUCGCAGAAUGUCACCAUCUCCAAGGAUGUUGUCAUCCAGCACUGGCAGUACGGCCAGUCGGACCCGCUGCUCCUGGCCAACGCCGGGUAUGAUAUCAUCAACUCGGAAGACUGGUGGGCGUACAUGUCUCUCAAAAACGACCACAUGCCCAUUCUCCCUGCAAGAUACCCGCAGCACUUCAACGAGAGCCGCGUUCUCAACUUCGCCGAUGAGCCCGGGUGGCAGUGGACGCCAGCCGACUUCAACCCUUUCAACAAGACCAUGCAGGUGCCUGAUGGAUCUCGUUCGAACAAAGGCGCCAUCAUGGCCGCCUGGAAUGACAACGGCCCCGACGCCUCGACUCAGCUCGAAGCAUACUAUGCGAUGCGCCGGGGUAUAGCGCUUACCGGAGCCCGCGCGUGGCGCGGGAGCCGGGGGCCGGAGCUCGUAGCAGACGACGCCGCCCCAAGCAUCGACUUCUUCUCCCCUCUCGCGCCGGGGCAGAACCUCGACCGCAUUUUGCCUUCCGCCAGCCCUUCGUCACCUCUGUUCUCAUGGGCCCGCUGUGCCGAUGACCCGGAGACGGUACACCUGGGCCACGGGAGCAAGGGGAUGAACUAUACCCUGACACUGUCUGUCACGGGGCCCUUUACACUUACUGGGCCGGACAGCACACUGUCCCUGGACCUUGAUGGGAGCUUGACCUUCGGUGCCGACGGUUGGCCGUACCCGCUGCGGAUUGUGAGCGAGCAGGACGCACUGGAGCUCGACCCAGGCCACCCGGGACGGAUCUGGGCGAACGUUUCUACCUCGUCACACGAGGCGGUGAAGAUACCGAGUCUCCCGGCGAAUCUCACCAUCGCGACGGAUGAGUUGCACGGAAGCUUGGCUUGGGUCAACGGCAAGUUCGCGGGGAGGUUCGAGGUUUUUGUCUAUGGCGGACGGAAUACCUUGUUUAGCUGGAGCCAGAUGGCUUUCGUUGCGCCGCUCGAGAGCACGACGGGGCGGGGCUUACAAAGCUUGGUUGUCAAGGGAGACAUACGUAUUCCGUCGUAG